AUGCCUCACAUGAACGGGGCUUCGCAUGCCGAGAAUCUUACCAAUGGCACAUCCAAUGGCGUACAAAAGGAGGCUUUUGUCGAUGAUCAGAUCGCCAUCUCUCCUAACGCGGCUCACGAAGUUCCUGCCUUAUUAGAAAAGGUUGUGUCGUAUGGCAAGUCCUUCAAUAUUGCUCAGAGUGAGCAGGUUCGAACAGAUUUAUUGGAUACUGCACGCUCCUUGGUCUAUGCCCUAGAGACGCCUCGGGAGGCCACUAUCCGUUAUUGCUGGUCCCAGAGCACCAUUUAUGCCGCCAUCGAAACCGCUGUCGACCUAGGACUGUUUACCGUGCUAUCGGAGGAUGAUAAGCCCAAGAAUGCUGCCGAUCUGGCCAAGACAGUCGGUGCCGAUCCGGUCAUGCUGGCUCGUGUCUUGAAGCAUCUCAGCUCAAUGGGCGUCGUCAAGGAAACCGGACCGGACGAAUAUCGCCGAACUGGCUUUUCAACCGCCUUGAGCUCCUCCCGGUACAGCGGCGCGUUCCCUUGCAUGACAGGCUGUAUCACCAAAGGCAUUCUUGCUUUCCCGGCCCACCUUCAGAAGACCAAAUACCAGAACCCCCGCGAUGGAAGAAACUGCGGCUUCCAAGAAGGAUUCCAGACCAGUCUUCACUUUUUCGACUUUCUCAAGGAGAACCCAAAGCAUGCCGUCAACUUUAAUAACCACAUGUCCGUCUACCACCAGGGCCGGCCCAGCUGGAUGGACUUUGGCUUCUACCCGGUCCCCUCGCUCGCUGAAGGUGUUGCCGACAAUGAUGUAUUGAUUGUGGAUAUGGGAGGCUCAUUGGGUCACGAUCUGAGCGAGCUCCGUCGCAAGUGGCCCGAUCUCCCGGGUCGAUUGAUCAUCCAGGAUCUGCCGGACGUGAUCAGCCAGACCAAGACUCUCCAGCUUCAUUCGACAAUUGAGCCAACAGUGCACGAUUUCUUCACUGAGCAACCGGUCAAGGGCGCUCGCGCAUAUUAUAUGCACUCAGUCCUGCACGACUGGGCGGACGAAGACGCCCUUAAGAUCCUCCGCAAUGUCGUUCCUGCCAUGAAGCCAGGUUACAGCAAGGUGCUAAUCAAUGAAAACGUGAUUCCUAGCACAAACGCGUACUGGGAAACGACAAGUUUGGAUAUGAUCAUGAUGGCCAAUUUUGCCUCGCAGGAGCGAACGGAAAAUAACUGGCACAGGUUGGUGAACGCAGCUGGACUGAAGAUCACCAAGAUUUGGAUGGCCCGUAGGGGUGUGGAAAGCCUGAUCGAGUGUGAGCUGGCUUAG